AUGGUAACUCGAAGAGAGGGCAUGGACAUCGUCGUUUGCAAGAUCGACAAUAUAAAAAAUUGUCUCGGUUUUCUUGCGAGCAUCGGAGUCAAUCUCGAUGAUAUCACUGCCAAAGAUGUUCGAGAGGGAAAUUUAAAAUCCAUACUCGGUUUAUUUUUUUCACUUUCGAGACACAAACAAAAACAAAAACAACAACAUCAAUUAUCGGCGGAAAAGGAAAAAUUACAAAGGUUGCAACAACAGGAGCAAAGACAACAACAACAAACGCAACAGGAAGAAAUGCCGCAACCCCGACUUCCAUCACCCUACAGACAUGGAGGAGGUGGUGGUGGUGGUGUUGCAACAACCACUACAAACAUACCCUUACCGACGACUCUUGCAAGAAGAGGAGGAGGAGGAAUGGAUAAGGGGAGACAACAGGGUGGGGUUACAAUGGGACCAGGUCUUCUUCAACCUUCCAACGAACCCAUUAAAAAUCCGUGA